AUGAAAGAUAUGUUGCAAAAGUUAGGAGUCACGGAGCUCUUCAGCGAUGAUGCCUGUGACUUAAAAGGAGUAUCACCGGAUGAGCUCUACGUCGGAGACGUCGAGAGCGUUCGGGUGCAAUGUGCAAGCGCCCGACAUGGAGGUUUGCGUUUUCACAGAUGUGGUAUCGCGAAAUUCUUGUAG